UCCAUUUCCACAAAGAGCUGCAAAAAAUCCAAAUCUUCCUAAUCUUUCUUCUGAGGCAGAGACUCCAGUUUGCUGGAAGAAGGAAAGGAAGUGCAUCCAUCAUUGUCUCAUUUGGCCAUUUGCACAGAGCUGAAGAAAAUAGUCCUAGAUCAGCUUCUUUCCUCCUUCAGCAGUAUUCCUUUCUGGCUGAUCAUACCAGAGACCAUAGGUGCCGCUGAAGAGAAAGGAAAAGGAGCGUACAAGAAGAAAGUAAACCCCAGAAGACUUUUAAAAGCUUCAUUUUGCCUUCUGAAGGAUGUGGCUUUGACCUGACAUGGACUUUCUCAGCAGCAGAUUGCUUAUCUCUUAAAUGUUAAUGCUGUUAAGCUUCAGUCCUAGAACUAACUGAAUUUUGUUAUUUUGCUUGGUCUCUGUUUCCAUCUCCUGACAUCACAAUGAGUGGCAUCCUCCAAUACCUUGACCCACGGCGGAUCCAGUGGGGUGCCACAUGGUAUGCCAUGCAUUCUAGAAUCCUCCGCACCAAGCCAGUGGAAUCCAUGCUAGAGGGGACAGGCACCACCACAUCCCAUGGAACAAAACUGGCCCAGGUGCUCACUACCGUGGAUCUGGUUUCACUCGGUGUCGGAAGCUGUGUUGGUACUGGAAUGUAUGUGGUUUCAGGCCUGGUGGCUAAGGAGAUGGCGGGGCCUGGUGUCAUCGUUUCCUUCAUUAUUGCUGCUGUAGCCUCCAUCUUGUCAGGGGUCUGCUAUGCUGAGUUUGGUGUGCGCGUUCCAAAGACCACUGGCUCUGCCUACACUUACAGCUAUGUCACAGUGGGAGAGUUUGUGGCAUUUUUCAUUGGAUGGAACCUAAUCCUGGAAUAUCUUAUUGGCACAGCAGCAGGCGCCAGUGCUCUGAGCAGCAUGUUUGACUCAUUGGCCAACCACACCAUCAGUCACUGGAUGAUUGACAGCGUUGGGACUUUAAAUGGGCUAGGUAAAGGUGAAGAAUCAUAUCCAGAUCUCCUAGCUCUGGUCAUUGCUGUUGUUGUAACGAUCAUUGUUGCUCUGGGUGUGAAAAACUCUGUCGGAUUCAACAACGUCCUCAACGUGAUUAACCUGGCUGUUUGGGUCUUCAUCAUGAUUGCUGGACUUGUAUAUGUCAAUGGAGAAAACUGGGCUGAAGGGCAGUUCUUGCCAUUUGGAUGGUCAGGGGUUCUACAAGGUGCAGCCACUUGUUUCUAUGCCUUCAUUGGAUUUGACAUCAUUGCCACCACCGGAGAAGAAGCAAAAAGUCCCAACACUUCCAUCCCUUAUGCCAUCACUGCCUCACUGGUCACGUGCCUGACAGCUUAUGUGUCUGUGAGCAUUAUUUUAACUCUGAUGGUGCCAUACAAUGAGAUUGAUACUGAAUCCCCCCUGAUGGAAAUGUUUGCAGCUCAUGGAUUCUAUGCUGCUAAAUUCAUCGUUGCCAUUGGUUCUGUAGCUGGUUUGACUGUGAGCUUGUUAGGCUCCCUCUUCCCCAUGCCUCGUGUCAUUUAUGCAAUGGCUGGUGAUGGACUUCUCUUCAGAUUCUUGUCCCAUGUAAGUUCUUACACUGAGACCCCUGUAGUAGCUUGCAUUGUCUCAGGAUUUCUUGCAGCACUACUCUCCUUGCUGGUAAGCUUGAGGGACCUGAUAGAGAUGAUGUCCAUUGGCACACUGCUUGCAUACACUUUGGUCUCUGUCUGUGUCCUACUUCUCCGGUACCAGCCAGAGAGUGACAUUGACGGUUUUGUCAAAUUUCUAUCUGAAGAGCAUACAAAGAAGAAGGAAGGGAUUUUAGCAGACUGUGAGAAAGAAGUUUGCUCUCCAGUGAGUGAAGGAGAGGAAUUUGCAGGCCCACCGACCAACACAUGUGGUGCAAAGAACCUUCCAUCCUUGGGUGACAAUGAGAUGCUCAUUGGAAAGUCAGAUAAGACGACUUACAAUGUCAACCACCCCAACUACGGUACAGUUGACAUGACUUCAGGAAUAGAAGCAGAUGAAUCUGAAAAUAUCUACCUUAUCAAGCUAAAGAAACUAAUAGGACCACGGUACUACACUAUGAGGAUUCACCUUGGGCUACCUGGGAAAAUGGAUCGUCCCACAGCAGCUACUGGCCAGACUGUUACCACCUGUGUGCUCUUGCUGUUUGUUCUCAUGUUCAUCUUCUGCUCUUUCAUCAUUUUUGGGGUGGACUAUCUCUAUGACCAAAGUUGGUGGGCAAUUCUUCUGGUGGUACUGAUGGUCCUGCUGAUUGUUGUGCUGGUGUUUGUCAUUCUCCAACAGCCAGAGAACCCAAAAAAGCUCCCUUACAUGGCUCCUUGUCUGCCUUUUGUCCCUGCCUUUGCUAUGCUGGUGAACAUCUAUCUCAUGCUGAAACUCUCAAAGAUCACAUGGAUCCGUUUUGCUGUCUGGUGUUUUGUGGGUCUGCUGAUUUAUUUUGGCUAUGGCAUAUGGAACAGCACACUGGAAAUCACCGCUCGAGAAGAAGCUUUGCAUCAGAGUACAUACCAACGCUAUGAUGUCGAUGUUGAUCCCUUCUCCGUUGAAGAUGGAUUUGCUUACGCUGAGAGUGAAAACUACCAGGACUGGGAUCCUGCCGAUGACAAAGGUUUCUCUUACCAGCAGAUGUCAGAAACAAAGGAGAGCAGUCGGACAAGUAGCAAAUCAAAAAGCAAAGGCAAACACAAACAGAACUCAGAUGCACUAAUUUCAAAUGAUGAGCUAGACUACUCACCAGAGUAGAUGUGGUGGAAACACUCUGUGUGACUAAGCUAACCCUUGGGCUAAAUUUGAUGACUUUUUUUUUUUGCACCCAUUUCAGAUGCAGCCUUUCUAUAAAUGUUCUGGGUUUUCCCAGCAAUCACAUCACUUGCUCUGUCACUUUCUGCUUUUCAGGAUGGUUCUCUCUAGUGCUUAUCCUGAAUCAACAGAAUACCAACUUUAGCACACACAAAAAGUUUUGGAUUCUCAUACCUUCCCACCAGAGACCAUCACCAGUCAUAGUUCUAUUUCACUGAAUGUUGACAAGAGCUUAGCUAUGAUAUAAGCUAGCUUGGCCUGCAGAAUCUUUCUGGGCCUAGGAAGCAUAUUACCCAUGAGCCUUGGUGCUGCCAUGAUUGUAUAUUUUUAAUGGAAGUCAAAUCCAACAAAGUGAAUGCUUGAUAAAAUAAGUACAAGCAGUUCAAAUUGGUAUAAUGCUUAUAUUCUCUGUGCUUUCUUCUAGAGAAUACUCACUGGUGCACAUACUGAUGACCAGUGAUUAUUUGGCAAAUAUAUAUUUUUUGGUUUGUUAACCUUUUUUCAAAAGAAGGUAAACAUAGGGAAGUACAUUGAUAGGUAGAUGUUUUCAGAAUGUAGGCACAGUGUUUUCCCUUGAGGAUAUUCUGAGGCAGACCAGUAUUUCCAUUGUCAAUUCUAAAAGGCAAAUAGACUUUUUCACUGAGCAAAAUAUUUUAGCACGUUGGCCUAUUUGGCCUUUCAUAGAAUCAUAGAGUUGGAAGAGAUCACAUAGAAUCAUAGAACUGGAAGAGGUGUUCCAGUCCAAUUCCUUGCCAUGCAGUAAUACACAAUCAAAGCCCUCUUGACAGAUGGCCAUCCAGCCUCUGUGUAAAAACCUCCAAAGAAGGAGUCUCCGCCACACUUGGAGGCAGCAUAUUCCACUGCCAAAAAGCUAUUACCAUCAGGAAACUCUUCCUAGUGUUCAAAUGGACUCUCUUUUCCUGUAGUUUGAAUGCACCACUCUGUGUCCUAGGCUGCAUCUAUACUGAAGAAUUAAUGCAGUUUGACCUCGCCUUA